GUCUAUGAUUUAUGUGUCAGAACAGUGCAUGUUGAGACAAAGAUGAAAGUGUUCAGGAAACAUGUGUUGCUUUAUGUGAUGAAGAAGUAAUCCCAUAAAUAGGGGUGUAACAGCAAAGAGGAACAGUCUUCACUGAAGAAACGGCAUUCUUACAUUCAGAUCUACUAAGAAGAAGACAAUGGAGGACUUCAUAACAUCGAAUAAUACGUUUGCUGUGAACAUGUACAAGAAGCUGAUUCAACAUGCGCACAAUAACAUCUUUUUUUCUCCUAUGAGCAUGGCCUCAGCCCUAGCCAUGAUUCUCUCUGGUGCAAAUGGCAAUACUGAAUUCCAGAUUGCAAAUGUUUUAAACUUCCAAAAACCAUCAGGAAAAAAAGGCUGUCAUUCACAGAUUUCCGAUGGAAUUCAAAUACAAAAUGUGCCUCAAAUUUUUAAAGAAUUUUCUUCAAGCAUCAAUGAGGCUUCCAAUAGUUAUACCUUGACAAUAGCUAACAGGUUAUUCAGUGAAAAGAGCUUCCAAAUCAUUGAGGAAUAUUCCAAACUACUUGAGAAAUAUUUUCAAGCUGAAGUCCAAGCAGUGGAUUUUUUGCAAGCUGCAGAAACAAGCAGAACGUUAAUUAACAACUGGGUGGAAAAACAGACAGAUGGUAAAAUAAAAGACAUCUUGGCGCCAGGCUCUAUUGACUCGCUCACGAAGAUGGUCUUAGUAAAUGCUAUUUACUUUAAAGGAAACUGGAAUACCAAAUUUCCAGAAGAAAACACAGAACAAAAACCAUUCAAAAUGAGCAAGACAAAAAGUAAACUGGUUCCAAUGAUGUUCCAAAGGAAUAAGUUUAACAUAUCAUACAUUGAAGAGCUUGAGACAAAGGUGUUGGAACUCCCUUAUGUUGAUGAGAAAUUAAGCAUGAUAUUAUUACUGCCAGAUGAAAUUAAGGACAACUCUACUGGACUAGAAAAGCUAGAAAAGGAGUUGAAUUAUGAAAAGCUGAAAGCCUGGACCAACCCUGACAUGAUGGACAAAACUGAAGUGGAACUUGAGCUUCCGCGCAUUCUUCUUGAAGAGAAGUAUGAUCUGAAAUCGUACCUCACCGAGAUGGGAUUAGGUGACCUUUUCAAUGCAGAUAAAGCUGAUCUCACAGGGAUAUCAAAAAAAGACAACAUAUAUUUGUCAGACAUAUUUCACAAAGCAUUUGUUAAAAUUAAUGAAGAAGGAACAGAGGCUACGGCAGCUACCGCUGCCGUUGUGACGAUCAGAAGUCGCCCUGUAGCAGAGAGAUUUCAAGCUGACCACCCGUUUGUGUUCCUUAUAAGAGAGAACAAAUCAGGUGCCAUCAUUUUUUUGGGAAAAUAUUCUUUCCCGUAGAGUACCGAAUUUUUUUUUCUCGCAAAAACAGAAUAUAUAGCUUGCAAUUUCAAUAUAGCAAUCAUAAUCUGCUUUCAAAACAGUAUCAUUUAUUACAAGGAUAAAAAUAUUAACUAAUACUGUAUCACAGCUUAACAUGAUCUGGCCGAAUGCCGUGGUAACCCGGCCGGGAUUCCUAUUAACAGCAGGAACGCACAGAGUCAUUGGUUGCUAUGACGCCGUGCGCUUCAUGUCGCCGCUGCACUACAGUAAUACACUCGUAUGAUCUAUAUUUUUUUUUAGAUUUUGUCAUUGCUGAAAAUCUGAAGCAGACCUGCUACUUGUGGCCCUAUUCUAAAAAAGUGUAAUGUUAAAUUCUGAAUGAAGUGGCGGUAGCCUAACCGCUAUAGUUAUCGAUACCAAGAUCCACCAACUCUUUUUGGCUGAACACAUCACUGUAAGCUAAUUGUAUGUACUACGCCAUGCAAGACUACCACUGACCAGCAAAUUAUAAAAACAUAACCUUUAUUAGUCCACAUUAAGAUUACGUAAGAUAAUGAUUGGUGUGGGUCCCAGAGCUGGCACCGCUGAGAAAAAUGAUGCUUUAAUAUAAGGGAAUGAGCCCAUAGGAGCAAAGCAGGUACACCAGGUUUUUGUGCAAAAUGCGACAAAAAUAAAUAAAAAACGGCACAUUUUCAACAGUAAAUCUGCCCCAUGUUUCCAUGGAAAUUACUGCUCUUUAACUAAUAGGCUUUAGCAGAAUCCUUCUAAAAGAUAACAGGUUAUCUCAGAAACAAUUGUAAACCUCAUGGUACGUUAUUACAUCACAAAUGGCAUGGAAAAAGUCAAUCAAAAGUUUAUUGCUACUGUUUACUUAAAUCAUUAAUGGCUAUGUACACCUUUGGGCACAAUUUUUUUUAAUUACUAUUGCAUUGUACUCAUUUUGAGCUAAUCAUUUUUUUAUUGGUCUUUAUUAAAAAUUUUUAGCCCUUUUCUCUGUCUAGUAGCCUGUUUUCACUCUGUUCCGUCAGACAGCUCAGUUGACGGCUCCUUAUCUCUGGUCUCCUAAACACUCAAUAUAGCUCACUGUUUAUGACCUUUUAGUUAUUUAGACAUAAGGGUUAUUAGAUGGCAAAAAGUGAAAGUAGGAUUCACACAGCUAUACAAACAGUUAACCCUUUGUGAUAGAACGGCUGAAUAUUUAUAAUAAAGACCAAUUGAAAAAAAACAAUUUUAGCAACUAAUGGAGUGAAACGCAAUUGUUAAAAAUAAUUAAAUUAUUAAAUAAUAAUAAAUCACCCAAAAGGUGUACAUAGCCUUUAAGAAUCAGGAUGAAGGUUGUGAUAUCUGUAGAUGAGGUUAAUAUACUGUAACUCCAGACAAGAGCACAUUGUUCAGGUUUUUGCACAAAUAAUCACUUUUGUAAUUACAAUUAAGAACAUUAUUGAGGCUCAGAACAAACCUAGCUCCUUGCAAUGUGCUUGUUGUAAUCCAUCUGGUCUUUAUUGCUUAUGUUUAAUUACAUCUAUACCUGCAUAGUAAAUAGAUCAGUAAUGCAAUGUCUACUGUAUUCCUGUGCGGUAACUGAUAAGCCUGCAGAACAGGAAACAUUAUAUUUUAUUCAAAGGCUUUCUUCUAUAGAUUAGCAUAAAUGCAUAUUGUAUUAUCAAAGUGUUGAAAAGGUGGGCUUCUGUUUUAUGAUAUGCAGCUUCUACCAUCUAUUUUUUUUUAGGAAAACUGCCGUAAAAAUAGAUCUUGCCAUGUUUGAUAUACUAUUGUUUUUUCAAUAAAACUUUAAGGAUAA